UCUAGCAUUGCUGCAAAAUGGAACGUAUGGAGUCUUUUGUGGAUAUUGAAUAUCUAACGAUGGCGCACGAUAUAUACCAUUUCACGCUAGAGGGUGAAUGGUGUAAAGUUGUGUUGGCGUACAAGGACAAAGAAAAUAUUCACACCAUGCCCAUCAACCGCUCCGGCGACACCGCGUUGUUCGUGGCAGCGAACGACAACAAAUCAUACGCCGUUCAGCAGCUGGUGGGUGAAAUUAAGAACAAGCAGCGGAGAGUUUGAUGGACGUGCUGAAACAAAAGAAUGUUUCAGGGGACACAGCGUUGCAUUGUGCAGCAUCCAUAGGGUCGCUCCAGAUGUGUGAGUGUAUCACUGAAGCUGAUCACCAUCGUCAUCAAGGACAUGUGUUGAUUGAAGAACGGAACAAUAAUGGAGAGACUCCUCUGUUCUUGGCUGCUUUAAAUGGACAUAGGGAUGUUUUCUUUUACCUCCAAUCUCGUUGCGCCGACAAGUCUCUUGGGCCAUGCAGAAGAGCAAGCGAUGGCCAGACAGUCCUUCAUUGCACCCUCAGCCGAGACUACUUUGCAUUGUCAUUUGAAAUCAUUCACAUGUACGAUAAGGAAAUGGUGGGCUCCGUGGAUGAAAAGGGAAUUACCCCUCUCCAUAUCCUAGCCGACAAACCUUCUGCCUUCGAAAGCAGCAGCAAUUUUAGAUGGUAUACCAAGUUGGCAUACAAGUACAUAUACGUGAAACCGUUGAGGAGCAUCAGCCCACUAUUCUAACGGUCAAAAUUAUGUCGAGGAGCCCAGACUGCUCUUCCAGAACGUAAAGCGGACGCAGAAAACCCAAGUGAUUACAUCAAUGAAUAUAGAAGGGUUCCUCCAAAUUAUUGGACAUGUUGUGACAUUUUCAUCACCUAUUUUAUUGGGCUUGUCUUGGAAGCAUUUGGUACAGUACUCUCUCGCUCUCUACCUAAUAACAAGCCAGCCACGCUGGACCCGAGUUCCUUCCUCUAGCACCUCGGAUUUGAGUGAUUAUCUCCUUUGAGCUGUUAAAAUUUAUAUAAAUAGUUUUGAAUUUAUAUUCUAUCUGAAAUUCAU